CCUCUCCAACUUCUCUAGUCGGUGACGCGGCGCGGGGAAGAAAUCCGACGGGACCGGGGCCGGGGAACGUGAGCUGCUGGUGAGAACCUAGGGUGUUCAUAUGCUUGCGGCUGUGUUUGAGAAGACAAACUGAGGGCUGGGACCCGAGGACACUGAAGAAUGGGUCAGUGACAGCGAGGGGAGUGUGAAGCCGGAGCUGCAAGACUACUGUGACCGAGGUCUGAUGACAGCGAAGGGACUGUGACUCAGGUGUAGCUGCCUGUGAAGGGUCUGCGACACAGGAGCAUAAGUACGAAGCGGGAAUCCAACUGGUCUUGCUGCUGCAGAGGACCAUACUUCUUCUGUCAUUAAAAGAAGAUGGAUGCCCAGAGUUCAGCCAAAAUCAAUCCAAGGAAAAGGAGGAAAGAAGCACCUGGACCAAAUGGAGCAACAGAGGAAGAUGGAAUCCCUUCAAAAGUGCAACGCUGUGCAGUCGGCUUACGGCAGCCAGCUCCUUUUUCAGAUGAAAUUGAAGUUGACUUUAGUAAGCCCUACGUCAGGGUAACUAUGGAAGAAGCCAACAGAGGAACUCCUUGUGAACGGCCUGUGAGAGUUUAUGCAGAUGGAAUAUUUGACUUAUUUCACUCUGGUCAUGCCCGGGCUCUGAUGCAAGCAAAGAACCUUUUCCCUAAUACAUACCUCAUUGUGGGAGUCUGCAGUGAUGAGCUAACGCACAACUUCAAAGGCUUCACGGUGAUGAAUGAAAAUGAGCGAUAUGAUGCAGUGCAGCACUGCCGCUAUGUGGAUGAGGUGGUGAGGAAUGCCCCCUGGACCCUGACACCCGAAUUCCUGGCAGAACACCGGAUUGAUUUUGUAGCCCAUGAUGAUAUCCCUUACUCUUCUGCUGGGAGUGAUGAUGUUUACAAACACAUCAAGGAAGCAGGCAUGUUUGCUCCAACACAGAGGACAGAAGGUAUCUCCACAUCAGACAUCAUCACCCGAAUUGUCCGAGACUAUGAUGUGUAUGCAAGACGGAACCUACAGAGGGGCUACACAGCAAAGGAGCUCAAUGUUAGCUUUAUCAAUGAGAAGAAAUACCACUUGCAGGAGCGAGUUGACAAAGUAAAGAAGAAAGUGAAAGAUGUGGAGGAAAAGUCAAAAGAAUUUGUUCAGAAAGUGGAGGAAAAAAGCAUUGACCUCAUUCAAAAAUGGGAAGAAAAGUCCCGAGAAUUCAUUGGAAGUUUCCUGGAAAUGUUUGGUCCAGAAGGAGCACUGAAACAUAUGCUGAAAGAGGGGAAAGGCCGGAUGUUGCAGGCCAUCAGUCCAAAGCAGAGUCCCAGCAGCAGCCCUACUCGUGAACGCUCCCCCUCCCCAUCUUUCCGAUGGCCCUUCUCUGGCAAGACUUCCCCACCUUCCUCCCCAGCAAAUCUCUCUAGGCGCAAGCCUGCAGCCUAUGAUAUCAGUGAGGAUGAAGAAGACUAACUUUUCAUCCCUCCUUUCCUUUCCCUUCCCUUUGUCCCAUCACCUUCAGAACUCUCUGUUGAAUUCCACAUUCUGAUCCCAACACUAAACCUAAGGACAGCUACAAAGGAAAGACAAUUGGGGCAAGAGGACCUGGGAAUGGGGGAAUCAAAACACAGACCAUCCUCUAAAAGACAUCAACCCCUGCACCAAGGAGUCUGACUACACUUCAGAAGCCUGUUCUGCAUCCAUCUGCCCUCCCCAAGGAUUUGCUUUUCUGUUUGUGUUCAUGUGAUCUUGACAGGGAAAUUGUCAUUUUUAUUAAUUUUUUAAAACUUAGUCUUUCAAAUAUAGUAAGUAGAACUAAUUUUUUGCCCCUGAGGAAUGGGCAGAAGGAGGAAGCGGUGUCCUACCUAGAGGCUUUUCUUUCUGAUACACUGUAGCGUUUGCCUUCUGUUCUUAAGCAAGUGGCUUGCCAAAUCCUUCAAGCAAUGAGCCAUGCUGUUGGGUAAUUUGGGGGGAAUAUCUUAAUUUUUGUUUCCUUUUUUUUCUAAAGCUAAAACUGAAUUAGUUACCAGUCCCCUAAGCACACAUGUACUUCUGGCACAUGUGUCAGCAUGGCCUUGGGAAGGAGAUCUGAGCCUAACUUUUCUUACUCCCUGAGGAGUUUCUUGUUGGACCCAUUGGGGUCCAUGAAGACACUGAUGGGAAUAGAACCAAACCACAUGAUAUCAACUGCAGUUUUUCUACUGUGUUCAUCUCAGAAAAUUCUCUUGCCCAAUUAUUUGGGAGCUCUUGUCAAUCUUUCCUGCAACUGACCUUCAAAGCGAGUGAUACUGUGAUUGGGGAAGGGGAAUGGGACAAAACUAGAUCCUGUACAAAGUCAGUUUAGAUAUAAUUCCUGAUAUGGAAGUAAGUCCCUGGCCCUGCUUCUCCUAUUUCAAUGCUAUUACCCAGCUUUAUACAAACAAUACUUUGUAAAUGUCUGCAGUGUGAACUUGAUCUGUUAAUCUAUGUUGCUCAUAGCCAUACUGAAUUCUUAGGAAAAUUUGCACAUAGGAAAGGCAAAACAUAACACCUUCCUUUCUAAAGUAACAGCCUUAUCUUGACUCCAAUACCCCUCUUAAGAAUGCUUUUAACUAGAAUCGGUACUCCAUGGAGUGCAUUUUUUCCUGUGAGAGCUGUAACUAGCAGGACUUCCCUCCACUGUUCCUCCAAGAAGCCACAAGCAUGGGAUCUCUUUAAGAGCAUGUGGUAGGUUCUUUCCCUGUUUCCCACCUGUGCCUGGUGAUUAUGGUCCCCCCUUCCCUGUUCAGUUUCCUGAAUUCAGCACUUGAAUUUCAAAUCAAGGAAUGCUUACGCUUUACACUUGCUGUGGGCAUGAUCUAUUUUUUAAUCCCCUAGCAUCCUGCCUUCAGCUACAUGCCUAGCAGAUCAUUAGUCAUCAGUAAUCCUGUAGCUGGAUUAGGGUCAAAAUUGUUAUAAGGACCUACCUGUGUCACUCAUAAAUACCCCUUGUAGGGGUGGAGUUUUAAUGUUUUCAGCAAAGAAAACCACAUUUUCUCUUUUCUUGUCCCUCUACUAGGACUGUGAGCAUCUCAUCCCUUCCCUAAACACUUUCAGGUAAAAGCUCUUGGUGUACCUGAAGGUCUGAGGCUAGCAUCACUGCCUGCCUGCACAGCAGGAUGGUAAACUCAGAUCACCCAGACAGAUAGAGCACGGCAAAGGAGAGAAACAAAAAGGGAAGCAACUUCUUGUUGUCCUGAUGGCUCAUGGGAACUAUAUUUCUCACUUUUCUCAUGAAUGCUAUUUUUACUCUCAAAUCUGAUUCACACAGCUGUGGCCUGAAAUCCUUUCUUUGAAGCAAAUGAAGUUAAUGUUUUCCCACUGUGUGGCUUUAUAUGGCCCAUAUUUUAACUUCUGCUUUGGUCUUCUGUCUUUGGGAAUUCUGCCUAUUUCUCUCUGCCUUAUUCUCCCUGGUAUAAAAAGGCAGUGUCAUUGCUGCUGUAACCCACUUGUCUGUUCUCUAAGUGCACACUACUCAAUGUACUGGAAUGAAGAGGGAGAUGCCCACAAUGUGGUUUUCCUCCCUGAAGUCACUCGUCUCAAGUAUAUUGUCUGAGCCCCAAAUGUUUGAGACCUCACCUGCUCUCAGUGGGCUGCUACUGGCAUGCCUUGCACAUGGAAUAGGGCCUCUUGGUUCACAAGGUCUGUGACGUAGCCUGCACCCUUUAUUGUUUGUCUCACACUAGUCUAUUUUCAAUAAUGUGAACUAAAACUUUUAUGGGGUGGCAUGUGAGAUACUUUGGGGUCAGCGUGAUCCUAGGUGCCAGACAAUGGUGCUAUUGGAACAAUGCAUUGUUGAUUCUUGUGCCUAGUUAAAUGAGGUUAGAGGUUUGUAUACCGUGACCAUGCCUGUGAUCUGCAACUCUCCAAACAUGAAUGCUUAAGGCUGUGGAACUUCAGCUGCAGAGCUGUUUUCCCUGAAUCCCACACAAAAAAGCAGGCAGCUUGGAUGGGCCAAAUGUGGCAGAGAUGGGAAAGCCUUUGAUUCAAAGCCAUUUGGUCUCAGAGCCUGUGUAUGAUAGAAGGAAGGAGGAGACAUUUCAGCCAUCAUCUUGAGGUGGCUAGGCAGGAAGUAUGCUCUUUUCAUACACUAGGCUCACAAGCACUAAAAAGUAGAGAUUGUGCUUCAGAGGAAUAGAAAUGGAUCACUUAUACUGCUGCAGCUGCUUCUGAUAGCUAAAGCCAAAGAACCUAUUUUGCAGAGGCUGGAGAGAGAAGGUUAGGGGAUGUGAAGAGGUUGAAAGUCCUGAAAGAGAAAAAAUGGGAGGGAGACUGAGAAACUUCUGACCCUUUUUAAUUGCUGGUAAUUUAGGCAGCACCUGAGUUACUCUUACUUUCUUGUGGCCACAUGACUUGGUCUGGCAGUGUCUAAGAGGUUCUUCCACAAAGUUCUUCCCAGUACUUUGUUACUCUGUCUAACUUCUCUUCACUUGUGGGUAGCUUACUUUCUGAAGCCAUUGCCUUUUUAAUCCUGUUCCACAUCCUUCAUAUAAAAUCAUUCCAAAUCAAUUAUAUUUUUCUGCUUUUCUUUAAUUCCCUAAAGGCAUAGCUUCUAGAUUUCCCGUCAAUAUACAUGCACCAGAAGUUGAACCAAUACAGGUGAAAAAAAAAAAAGCUCCCUUAACAAUGUUUUAAAAAACUAAUAAUGAUAUUUAAAAAAAAAACUACCAACAUAAGUAUUUUCAAAGGUAAUAUUUUUCAAACUCCUAACAAUGCUUGUUGUUUUCUCUCUUAGAAUAGAUUGUUAUGGGAUAAAGAGCAGUCCCUAGCUUCUAUUUUUCCAAACAAAUAAGUAGAACAUGUUCUUGGGAUUAUUCUAUUCAAAUUAAUUUUCUUAAAAAGAAAGAGGAAAGAUUUUUGUCUGCCAAAGUUUGAUGUCAGUACUCAGAUUGGGAUAGAAAACAGAAGUUCCAGGUUUAACACUGGGAUGACUCAGGUUGUCUUCCUUUAGGUUUAAUGUGGGCCCUCUACCCUUUGGGAGGCACUGACUGUUUUUGAACACAAGAAUUAAUUGUCUGGGUAUUUUGUAUUGAGGAUACUGAAAAGAAAAAAAGUGAUGGAAAGAACUGCCAGUCUUGGCAUAAAUGUUCACCCAUCAUCACCAGUGUGAGUCCACAGGGAAGUUUUCCUCAGUCAGGGUUCAGUGUAUCAUUUUCCUGUCUGCUAUUAAUUUGUUCAGAGUUAUUUUGGCUUUUAUCAUUUAGCCAAAUAAAGGCAAUAUGGUUUUACCUAGUGUUCCACUUCCUGUGUUUUUGAUUGGUAUGUGUAUGUACGAAGCUUUGUGUAUUUGGGCGUUGAUUUUUUUCAUCUUAAUUUUUCUCCUCACAAUCAAGCUUUAUAACCAUAUUAUCAGGUGAUUUCUUUGCAGCUUGGCACGGAAGACUCAUAAAGCUAUUGUCUCACAAAGGGAAGCCCCAGAUCCCCAGAUCUGUUGUCAUUUGUGCCCUGGUGAUACAUCUGUAAAGAAAGAGCACCUUCCAUCUGCUCUCUAGAAGUUUAGCUUCUUUGAAAUGUUGGGCUGCUGCUAUUUUGACUAGCCAAGGUCUACUUCUGUUUUUAUUCCAGACACACUACCAUACACUCUUACCCUCUUUCUUCUGUUUUGGGAAAGCUCACUGACCUUUCAACAUACAAGCUUUUGGGGUUAAUAGUGAUACUCACAGAAGCAGUGUGCCCAGCUACAGAGUUUCAGACUUCAUCCUGUUUAUUUAUUACAAAAUGUAAAACACCUUUCUGGGACAAGAUUUCCAGAGAAUCUUGAGAUUCCUCCUAUUUCUUAGUUUGCCUUCAUCUCCACAGACAGAUGCAAUCUGCCAGCUUGUGCUGACGUUAAGAACUCUUUCCAAUUUGGCUGUUGAGGGGUAGUGAAAACAUUUCGCGCUCUCCUAAGAGGUAUGGUGUUGCUUCCAUUCAUUCACCUUAGGCCUUGAGGUUCAAGUCCAGAUCUGGAGCUAAGGAAUUUUCAUACCCAGGCUUGUAGUCUUUCCUUCUGUAGGACAUUCGUGCCAUCACAGUCAGCAGGAAAGUCUCCAGUAUGAGGAGAUGGCAAUUCAUCACUGCAGUAUAGAGUACAAUAUAAGUUAUGCAAAGAUACGGAGGUGGUAUCCCACUAGCAGCCCUAGCAUGUGAAUUGAGCAACACUUAUUCUACUUUGUCCCCAGACCAGGACCUAAAGAUACUAAAUUGUCAUAAAUGACAGAUUAGUGGUAAAGCCAGAACCAGAACUUGGUUAUAUAGCUUCUGUGAACUGAAGCUAGCAUUAAAGCCCAUUUCUCAUGUGUGUUUAAUCAGCAUGACCACCUACUUCCUAACCACACCCAGUCCUCUCCCAGGAGUUAAAGACUGAACCCAUGGCUUCCUGGAUUGGCCAUUAGGACUGGCAAGUUAGGGGGUGUGGAGUUCGCACUUCUCUGUGUGAUCAAAGUGGUAAUAGUCUUUUUAAAGCCUCUGCUCAGGUUUCUUGGAGAUCCUUUUCUGAAUCUUCUGAGCAGAUGUCAGGCUGGCUAACCUCUGUUCCAAGGUCCUCUCUUUUCCUGACCCUCUCCCAUCUCAUCCAUCUCACAAUGGGAUAGGAGUCCUUAUGUGCUCACCUUGAGACCUGACUUUAGAGGAAAAGGGAGGUGAACAAGCAAUCUGCCCACCAUUAGCCAAAAUGGAGAAAAUGGCAGGCUGCAGGGCAGUCACAAUGACAAGUAUCUGCAGAACAGAAAAGAAAGGUAAGGGUGGGUUGGGACCUAUCACCCAUGGUGCUGAGGCCAUGUUUUUCCACAACGCAGGUUCAACCUAUGAUUAAAUUACAGAGGGAUGGAACUCGAACUGGAAAUUUGUGCAGUUUUAAUCUUUAGGCAUAUUACAAUCUUGGCUUCUACCCAAUAUUUUAUUAGAGUUGCUCAUAAGAAACAACAAUGCAAAAAAAAAAAAAAGAAAGAAACAACAAUGCAUUUCCCCAUCUUACCCA